UUCUUAUUUGGUUUGGCAUUGCUUAGUUGGAAGCUAUUUUUUGUUUCUAGCUUCACAAUGUCGAGAGAUCCUCUAGUUGUUGGCAGGGUUGUUGGUGAUGUCUUGGAUCCUUUCAGAAGAUCGGCAUCGAUGAGCGUGAUCUAUAACAACAAGGAAGUCACCAAUGGUUCAGAACUCAAGCCUUCAGUGGUGGCGAGGGAGCCUCGCGUGGAGAUAGAAGGAUAUGAUAUUCAGAAAUAUUAUACCCUUGUGAUGAUAGAUCCCGAUGCACCUAGCCCCAGUAAUCCAACAAAUAGAGAGCACUUGCUCUGGUUGGUGACAGAUAUCCAAGAAACAACCACUGCAAAUUAUGGAAAUGAAGUGGUCUCCUAUGAAAGCCCGAAUCCAACAGCUGGGAUUCAUCGAAUAGUGUUCGUAUUAUUUAAGCAAUCUAUCCGGCAAACAAUUUAUGCACCAGGAUGGCGUCAAAACUUCAAUACGAGAGACUUUGCACAAUAUUACAGCCUUGGGCCACCAGUGGCUGCCAUGUACUUUAACUGCCAAAGGGAAAAUGGUUGUGGAGGUAGAAGGUAUGUCGCCAGUGGAUGGACUUGAAUUUUCCUCAAUCUAAAUUGAGAAGAGGAAUGCACCUAACAAUAUUAGAUAGUAUUGCAGAGCAAAGCAUGUAUUUGUCUUUCACUUGCUAUUUGAUAGUUCAUAAUAUGUAUGGAGAAAAUCUCAUAUUGUGCUUCAAAUCAUAUAUAAAUCCUUCCGAGGGUUUCCAAAAUAGCUUAGUGGUACUAUGAGUGCUCAAAUGUACAAGGGCAUCAAGAUUUGAUAAUAGAAGGCUUUCUGUUUAUUACAAAAAAAAAGAAUAUGA